GAAGGAGCCUCUACGAUGGAGGCGUGGUUACUUUCCUACCGGGGCGGGGCCAGCAUCUUUGCCUCCCUGCCCGCCCGCGACACGGUACGCCCCUUCGCGGCUAGCUACCGAGCGACGAUGGCGGUGGCCCGGGGGCUGUUCCUUCGGCUCUUGCUGGUGCUGCUUUCCCUCGCUGCCGUCGGGGCCGAGGCGGACCCUUCCUGGGCGCCGGCGGACGAGCUGCUGGCGGCGGGCGCGGAGUCCUACGCGCGGGGGGACUGGCGCGCCGUCAUCUUGCACAUGGAACGGGCGCUGCGGGCGCGGGAGGCGCACGGGGCGCGCCUCGUCCACUGCCGCCAGCGCUGCGCCGCUAACUGCACCGCCGACGGCGCCUGGCCUCGCUCGACGGAGCAGGAGGAGCAGCCGCCUCCCGCCGUCGGAGAGCGGCGCCCGCUGGACGAUCUCCGCUUCUUCGGGCAGCUCCUCCGCCGCGCCGCUUGUCUCCGCCGGUGCCUCCCCGACGGCGUCUCCCGCUACCAGCUGGGCGAGGAGACGGAGCUGGAGUUCCAGAAGCGGAGCCCUUACAACUAUCUGCAAGUGGCUUAUUUCAAGAUCCACAAGCUCGACAAAGCGGUGGCAGCGGCCCACACUUUCUUUGCAGCCAAUCCCGACCACGUGGAGAUGCGGCAGAACCUGGAGUACUACCAGAUGAUGGCCGGCGUCAAAGACUCGGACUUCGUGGACUUGGAGGCCAAGCCGCACAUGCAAGAAUUCCGCCUGGGUGUGAGCUACUACACGGAGGAAAAGCCGCAGGCAGCCAUCUUGCACCUGGAGAAGGCACUGGAAAGCUACUGGGUCGCCAGCACCGAGUGCCGAGCCCUUUGCGAGGGGGCGUACGAUUACGAGGGCUACAACUAUCUGGAGUACAACGCCGACCUUUUCCAAGCUAUCAUUGAUCACUACACGCAAGUGUUGAGCUGCAAGCAAGUCUGUGCCACAGAGCUCGCUUCUCAAGCUGGCCAUGAAAAGCCCAUCGAAGAGUUCCUCCCAUCUCAUUUCAACUACCUUCAGUUUGCCUACUACAACAGUAAGUUGUGGCCAAAUGUACAGCUCUCCACUUUUCCAGGCGGCAACUAUGAGAAGGCCAUUGAGUGUGCACAAACCUAUUUGCUGUUCUUCCCUAAUGAUGAAGUGAUGAAUCAGAACUUGGCUUACUACACAGCUGUGCUGGGGGAGAACCUCGCCAAGCCCAUACAUCCCAGAAAGGAAGUCCACUUGUAUCAGCGGCGCAGCCUUCUGGAGAAGGAGCACCUGUAUUUUGCCUACGACGUCUUUGGGAUCCCGUUUGUGGACCCGGACACGUGGACCCCUGAGGAAGUGAUUCCGAAGAGGCUCCGGGAGAAGCAGAAGGCGGAGCGUGAGACGGCAGCCCGCAUCUCGGAGGAGAUUGGCAACCUCAUGAAGGAGAUCGAGACGCUGGUGGUGGAGAAGACGAAAGAGUCCACGGAUAUGAGCAAGCUGGUGCGGGAAGGAGGCCCCUUGGUCUACGACGGGCUCAGCGUCACCAUGAACUCCAAGCUGCUGAACGGCUCCCAGCGCGUGGUGGUUGACGGCGUUCUCUCCGAGGAAGAGUGUACAGCCCUGCAGAGUCUAACCAACGCAGCUGCUUCUGCCGGGGAUGGCUAUCGUGGGAAAACCUCCCCACACACACCUGCAGAGACCUUCUACGGCGUGACCGUCUAUAAAGCACUCAAGCUGGGACAGGAAGGCAAAGUGCCCAUGCACAGUGCAUACCUCUAUUACAACGUGACGGAGAAGGUCCGGCGGGUGAUGGAGUCGUAUUUCCGCCUGGAUGCUCCCCUGCACUUCUCCUACUCGCAUCUGGUGUGCCGCACCGCUAUCGAAGAUAAGCAGGAAGACCGGGCGGAUCCUAGCCAUCCCGUGCACGUGGACAACUGCAUCCUUAAUGCUGAGGCUUUGGUGUGUGUCAAGGAGCCGCCAGCGUACACAUUUCGGGACUACAGUGCCAUUCUCUAUCUAAACGGUGAUUUUGAAGGAGGCGCCUUUUACUUUACGGAACUGGAUGCCACGACGGUGACUGCGGAGGUCCAGCCCCAGUGUGGCCGGGCUGUAGGCUUCUCCUCUGGCUCUGAAAACCCCCAUGGGGUGAAAGCCGUCACCAAAGGCCAACGCUGCGCCAUCGCUUUGUGGUUCACCUUGGACCCCCGCCAUGGCGAACGGGAGAGAGUCCAGGCCGAUGACCUGGUCCGGAUGCUCUUCAGCACGGAGGAAGCAGAGUUGCCUCCGGACCAGGCACCCGUGACGGAGAAACCCACACCAGCCCCCACGAAAGAGCCCGAACGAGAUGCUGCCGUAGGGAAAGAUGAGCUGUAACUGACCCCCGCCCUAAUACACACGCACACACACCCCACGGCGGCUAACAAGAGUCUCUGAUGGACAACAGGCAGAGCUCUCCUGGUGCUGAGCAACGUGGCAGACUGCCAGCCUGUGGAUUGGGGCCUUUGUCCGACAUGCAAACAAAACUGAUCGCAGCCACUCCUGAGUGCCAGGGACUAUAGCACGUCCUAGGUAGAGUUGCUGUGGCCUGACGGGACUUAUUUUGGGGAGGGGGUGGGCCUUCCUGUUGCCACCUCUCUCUCCCUUUCUUAUGUUCUGCUUCUCAGAGGCAGGACACACCACUGACUUUGGUUCUUUUAAAAAAAACCAAAAAUAUCAGCUCUGUUGCCUUGACUAGGCCCAGAGGCCCUCCUAGAGGUAUUCCAGCUCAGCUUGAGUCACUUCCCAAACCGGAGAGCCAGUUUGGGGUAUGGGGGAAAGCUCAGGUUCUGGAAGACUUGCGUUCAAAUCCCCACUCAGCCAAGACAUUUACCAGGCGACCGUGGGCCGGUCACCCUCUCUCUCAAUCUAACCUACCUCACAGGGUUGUUGUGAGGAUCGCUGGGGGUAUACCUGACGUGCACUGCCCUGAGAUUUGUGGAGGAAGGGUAGGAUGAAAAUGUACCAAAUAAAAUGAGAU